AUGGCGACGGUUCGCGCGGCGACGCCGACGACGCGCGGAGCGACGACGGCGACGCGGACGACGACGACGACGACGACGACGCGAUGGACGGGACGACGACGACGCGCGGGCGCGGCGGCGCGCGCGACGCGCGAGGACGCGGCGCGACCGGUGGUGAUCAUAGACAACUACGAUAGCUUUACGUAUAAUCUGUCGCAGUACCUCGGGGAUUGCGGGUGCGCGCACGCGGUGUAUAAGAACGACGAGGUGACGGUGGAGGAGGUGCGCGCGAUGCGGCCGCGCGGCGUGAUGGUGUCGCCGGGACCGGGACGACCGGAGGACUCGGGGAUCUCGCUGGACGUCGUGCGAGAGCUUGGACCGGAAUUCGGCGUGUUCGGGGUGUGCAUGGGACAUCAGUGCAUCGGACAGGUGUUCGGGGGGGACAUCGUGCGCGCGCCGACGGGGUUGAUGCACGGCAAGUCGUCGCCGGUGACGCAUCGAACGGAUUUGGACACGGUGCUGAGCGGACUGCCGAGCCCGUUUCAGGCGGCGCGGUAUCACUCGUUGGUGAUAUCGCGGGAUAAUUUUCCCGAGGAUGCGCUCGAGGUGACGGCGUGGACGGAGGACGGGACCGUCAUGGCGGUGAAGCACAAGGCGUAUCCUUGGAUUCAGGGCGUGCAGUUUCAUCCCGAGUCCAUCAUCACCGAGAACGGGCUGUUGAUCGUGAAGAAUUGGGUGAAAAUGAUCAACGACAGGGCGGCGGAAUCGGAGUUAGCGCGCGCGUAG